AUGAAAGAAUACACACUCCUCCUCUUCUUGGCUUUGUGCUCUGCCAAACCUCUCAUUGGUCCUUCAUAUUUUACACUAAAGAAUAUGAUGCUCCAAGACAUGGAAGAAGAUGAUGACGAUGACGAUGAUGACAAUUCUCUAUUUCCAACCACUGAACCAAUUAUACCACUAAUUCCUUUUGAUCUGUUCCCAAUAUGUCCCUUUGGAUGCCAGUGCUAUGUGAGAGUUGUCCAUUGCUCUGACCUAGGUUUGACAUCAAUACCUCGAAACAUUCCACCAGAUACUCGUAUGAUUGAUCUUCAAAACAAUAAAAUUAAAGAAGUCAAGGAAAAUGAUCUCCAAGGACUCACAUCACUUUAUGCACUGGCUUUGAACAACAAUAAAAUAUCCAAGAUUCAUCCAAAAGCCUUUCAACCAACAAAGAAGCUACGACGACUGUAUUUAUCCCAUAACCAGCUAACUGAGAUUCCAACAAAUUUACCAAAAACUUUAGCAGAGCUCAGAAUUCAUGCUAAUAAGGUUAAGAAAAUUCACAAGGAUGCAUUUAAAGGAAUGACGUCUUUACAUGUUUUAGAAAUGAGUGCAAAUCCCCUUGACAAUGAUGGAAUAGAGCCAGGGGCUUUUGAAGGAGUAAAUAUCUAUCAUAUAAGAAUUGCAGAAGCUAAAUUAACUUCAAUUCCUAAAGAAUUGCCCUCCAGUCUACUAGAACUUCACUUAGAUGACAAUAAGAUCACAGCAAUCGAACUUGAAGAUUUUAACCGGUAUAAAGAUCUUCAAAGGCUAGGCCUUGGGAAUAAUAAAAUCAAAGAUGUGGAAAAUGGAAGUUUUGCCAACAUACCAAGUAUACGUGAAAUCCAUCUUGAAAAAAAUAAGCUCAAGAAAGUUCCUCCUGGAUUACCCCAACUGAAAUAUCUGCAGGUAGUCUUCCUUCAUUCUAAUCACAUUGCAAAACUGGGAGUGAAUGAUUUCUGCCCAACAGGAGGAAGAAAGAAGAAAGCACUAUACAGCGGCAUAAGCCUCUUCAAUAAUCCUGUAAAGUACUGGGAGGUUCAGCCUUCAACUUUCCGUUGCAUUUUAGCCAGAAACAGUGUGCAACUUGGAAAUUUCCUCAACUGAUACCGAAGUUGGUCAUUUCAAAAAGCAACUUGUCCAAAUCAGUUCUACAAUACUUGAAAUUUUCAGGAAAAUGUCAAUUUUACACUAUUUUACCAGUUUACAAAGUAUUUACUAUUUCAGAGACAAUUAAUUGGAAACAAUACGUUAGUAGGAUCCAUUGUAUUAUUUGACAAUGUUCAACCUACACCUGAAUAAUUUAAACAAAAGCCUUUAUAUCUUAUGGAAGACUCUUGGAAGUGGAACUGGAAACUGUAUUUGAUGUUUCCUAUUAUAGAUGU